AUUUUUCUUAAAAUCACAUGAAAUUUAAAGAAAUCACAAAUAUCAGCUAAAAUACGUAAAGAUUCACUCAAAAUUACUAGUCAUCAAUAAGUAUGUUAAGCAUACUAGCCAGACGAUGUGCAACCAACGUGAAAACUACCAUAAUUACAGUUCAUAAAAGAAAUUUUCUUUUGGGCAAAAGAGUGAGUGAAAAAAAGUUCAAGUUAAGAGACAAAAUAGAUCCAGAAUGGUCAUUAAUCUACAAAGCACCAAUGGAAUACUACUUGGCAGCAUGCAAUCACAUCACAACACUGUCAGCUAUCUUGUUUACUGGAUAUAUCAUUGUUAAAUUCAAGAACCGAAAUGAAACUGUUUCGACAGAGAUGAAGCCAUUCGAGCUGCUGUCUGGAAAGAUAUUGAUGGCAGACAGCGAUUACUUGUAUUUUGCAAUUGGAUUCGUUGUUAUCAACAUUGUGCUUCGAAUUACUGCAUAUAGGUUCCCGUUGAGGAUAUACAAGAAAGGAACUGAAUUCACAGCCGUUUUCGAAGGUCAGGUUCCGUUCCAAAAGGAUAAAUAUAUAUUUGCUAAAGGAGCAAUUAAGGAACAACCAAUUAAAGGAAUACUGCCUUGGAGAGACUGUAGAUAUAAAAUUGAUGACAAGAGGAAAGUCAUUCUCCUUUACGAGUCCUUCAAAACACCAUCGGAACUUUUUGAGAUGCUCAGAAAGCAGGCAAAACCUAGAAUUUAUCAGGAAAAGGAAAUGUUCAGAUAGAACUGAAGUGUACAUAGAUUUAGGAGUAGAUACAAUGAUUUCUUAGUGAUCAAGCUGAAAAGUCAAUAAAU